AUGGCUUCCAGCGACCGUAUGGAAAAUAUCAACGCCAUAACACAGCCCAAGAAACGCACAGCAGCUGCGUGUCGUUCGUGUCAUACCCGUAAAGUAAGAUGCAGUUUGGCGCAGACCGGAUCGCCUUGCACUAAUUGCUCUCUUGACGGCAUUACGUGCGAGGCGCGGGUUAGCAGAAUUCCACCAGGCAGGGAGCAAUUGUCCCAGCUUGACGUCCUGGUCAAGUCACUGAAUGACUCGUCGAGUCGGGUCAAGUAUAGGCGCGAAUGUCAAGCACAAGCCCACACAGGUUCGCCGAACAGCGAAGAUCUAACCUCAAGACCACAACCCCCUGAGGCUGACGGGGAUUGCUAUAAGCCUGGCAGCCCCUAUCGGCUACUAACAGAGCAUUUCAGGCACUAUGGAACGGAGGAGACUCUUGACCAAGAAUCACAUGAUACAGAGACUCUAACUCCUAUAUAUGGGGAUCCGCGAGGCGUUGCCCUAGUCGCGGAUAUAUGCGAACCCCAGCUGAAGAACAAGAGUGGACAUUAUCUAGUCCCGCCAAUGGUCUCGGCGAAUAUCGGCUCUGAAACGAUGGAUUAUUUACGACGUAAAGGCGUCUUUGAUCUACCUCCACCGAUCGUAUGCGUAAUGAUGAUAAAGACAUACUUCCGCUAUGUUCAUCCCUUUUUUCCCAUUAUCGAACCACGCUCGUUUCUCGAGUUAUAUGAAAGUAAUGAGCGAGAAAAUUUGAGCCUUCAGCUACUUUGGAGUAUUUUUCUGGCGGCUGCGAAUUUUGCGGACCAGAACACGCUCGAGGCCGCUGGCUUUUCGAGCCGUAAAAAAAUGAAACACGCGAUGUAUACGAAAGCCAAGGCAAGAAUAUCAGUCCUAUAUGAUACGGAGUAUGAAAGGAAAAGGAUUACUUUGAUUCAAUCUGUGCUGUUAAUGGAGUUCUGGUACUCUGAUACCGAGGACCGGACUGGCCCGUGGUAUUGGAACGGCAUCGCCAUCAGCCUCUGCCACACCAUUGGCCUCCAUCGUCAACCAGAUACUGGAACAGACCGGAUGGGAAUCAUAAGUUCACAGGAACGAAGAUUGUGGAGGCAGAUCUGGUGGUGCUGCGUAUAUCGUGAGACUUGGUUUUCUGCCGGGAUGGGUCGACCGAUGCGCAUCAAUCUUGCCGACUGCAAUACGUCGAUGCCGGAUAGCAGGGACUCCAACAAUUUGUUAUCAGGUAUCACGGAUGAGAUACGUCUGAAGUACCUGCCGGAUGACUGUGGAUAUCUUUUAGAGCUAUGGAUAGAACUACUCCGUAUCACAUCCAUUUUAUCGAGGAUUCUUUCGGUUCAACAGUGUGUAAAACGAACGCUGCAUACUCGAGUCGAGGUUGAGGAGAUUGAGAGGCAGCUUCGAGCGGUUCACUAUCGCGUUGACAAUCUUACUUCGCGUUCUAAUAGUCGGAUCGCUUCCCUACAUUUGUAUCACCUCGAGAUCUAUUCGGAGUCUGUCUUACUGACACUAUAUCGCCCAUUUCUUCUUGAAACAUCUGAAAUGAAUACGGAAGCUUGCCAUAGAGAGUGGGGGGUGAUCGUUGAACGAAAAACAAGGGCAGCGGCAAUAAAUACCAAUGCAAUUCUGAGCAAAAUGAUUAGAGCUGAUAUGAUCAACGAAUGCCUUUCAAUGAUUUGCAUUGCUCUAGUUCCGACAUUACAAAUACAUCUUCUCGAUUGUGUGUCACUGAGACUACCCGUGCAACGACUGGGCAACUGUCAUCUUGACUUAUGUAUGAUUGUUGUUGAAGAGUUAAAGACUACAUACUUUGGGGCUGAAAUCCUUUUCCGAAUGUUCUCCGGGGCAAGCAGGCAUACGACUACGACAGCCGAGGAACAGUUUCCCCAAUUUUCUGAUGUUUGGUCUCCCUAUUUCAACAAUGAGUUUUUGAACAUGCCAUGGUAUGUAUGA